GGUGGUGGCGGGGGUGGUUUUUACUCCAGUGGAAGAAGUUCAAGGCAGUUUGGUGGUACCAUGGGAAGCGGUGGGGAAGGUGGCAAGGGAUUUCUCCAAGGAGGAGCGGGUGGGAGGGCCAAAUUUGACAAUAUCGUGGGUGGCUUUGGAGGGGGUGGUGGUUCAUACGGACAAGCAGGAGGCGCCGGAGGAGGAGGAGGAUAUUCCGGGGGGAGCAGUGGAAAUAACAACGAUGAUUCCUGUGGGGGUGGAGGAGGCUCCUACAAUGCUGGAAAAGAUCAGCAGAGUGAAUGCUGUUAUAACGCAAAUGGCCAUGGUCGGGUUAUCGUUACUUUGCUGUAGCAAGAUCAGAGCUGUGACCAUAUCUUUGAUUUAAAGCCGCUAAUUUGCAUUGGUAGCCCUUGGAAAUAAAAUGUGUGACAACCUUGA